UUCAUCGAUAUCGUCAACGAACCAACACAAUAUCCAACCACUUCCACUCAGUUGCAAAAGUGCAUUGUACUUGUUAGGUCACUGCACAACCACUGGACCGUGCUCGGCUAAACCGGACCUUUGGACCAGUUCCCAGAGCAUGGAGCGCUGGGCCGGCAAGACGGCGGUGGUGACGGGCGCCAGCAGCGGCAUCGGGGCGGCCACGGCGCUGGCGCUGGCGGACCGCGGCCUCCGCGUCGUGGGGCUGGCCAGGAGGCUGGAGUCUAUGCAGAAGCUGCAGUCCAGGGUCACUGGCUCUGGCAGUAUCACAGCGAGGAGAUGCGACGUGUCCAAGCCUGAAGACUUGAAGAGCAGCUUCGAGUGGAUCGAAGAGACGUUCGGCGGAGUCGACGUCAUGGUGAACAACGCUGGAGUGUUUAUUCACGGCAAUAUUACUGACAUAGGCAGUCACCCGCUGUCGGAAGACGAGCUGGUGUCAGUACUGGACGUGAACGUCAAGGGUCUGAUGCUGUGCACGCGCCGCGCGGUAGACUCCAUGAGGAGACGGGGCGUCGAUGGACAUGUCAUCAACAUUAACAGCAUAGCAGGCCACUACGUGCCGACAAGUCAAUUCUUCAACGUGUACUCGAGCACGAAGCACGCCGUCACUGCGUUCACCCAGUCUCUGUGUACUGAGCUGGCGGAGUACCGGAGCGGGAUCCGGGUCACGAGCAUAUCCCCUGGCCUGACCCGCACGGAGUUGCUGCUGGAUGACAAAGUACCAGGAGUGAAGGAAGCAGUGGAGCAGCUACCAGCGUUGGCGGCGGAGGACGUGGCUGAUGCCGUGGUCUACGUCUUAUCGACCCCGGUCAAUGUUAAUAUCACUGAACUAACUAUACAGCCUGUGGGAGAGAAGAAAUUGUAACACACAGGUUAUCUAACAUCUAUUUAUUACAUUUUAUGCAUGAAUUAUUUCAUAAUGAUUGUGCCUAUAUCUACU